AGGUCUCCUCGCGGAUAUAAACAAACAGAGCAUAAAUGGCGGCAGUUGAGGAGUCUGGCGGGAGAGUUAUUAGUGUUUAUUGUGGUAAUUAAGAGAGUUAAUUGGGUAGUUAGCAGCCAUGAUGGACGCUUCUAACACCCUGUUGAAGAGACUUUGUGCCCACGUUACUGGUCUUAAUGAUGAUCGACUGGUACAACACUUCCAGCUUGCGUUAGGUUUACUUAAUGAGGUGCCGUCACUGCUGCCGCCGCUCAACAAUGAUCACAACACUGUGGCGGACAAGAUCAAGCGACGACUGGCCCGAGAGAAGCGCCUUGAUGAUGCUGCUCGCUUCACCGCCCUUGUUAACCGUCUCUUGAGAUCGGCGGUGUUGCAGAACAAAACGAGCAUCCUCACGUUUUUCCUGGCACUGAGUCGUGACGACACUGCCACACGCACCGCUGUACGCAUCAGCGGCACAUCUCCAGCCACCGUACAAACACCGAAUGAAAAUGGUGUGUGUAACAGCGGCGGCGGCGGCGAGGUGUUCCCACUACCGCCGCUUCACCGUCACCUUGAACCAUGCAUAUCGUCGGAGACAGCGCCAGGCAGCGCUGCACCUAGCUGCCUCCUAGCCGACCCCAGAGACACCAGGUCCUUGCCCGGCAGUGGCAGCGGCACCAGGCUGACCCGUCUGGCACAGAUGUACAGAGGAGCGGCCAAAAAGAACCCUGACUCACCCUUCGCCGAGCUGCAACAACAACAAUCAACAACCAGUUAUGCCUUAAAACUACCACAACAACCACAGCAACAGCAACAACCACAACAACUACAACCAUCCAAGCAGCAACAAAAGCAGUCAUAUUUUAAGAAUGCAGUGAUGGAGGUAGCAGAGAAAGUUCUGAUCAGGGAAGUUCUCUUUAUAUUCCAAGGCAUCGAAGGCAGCAUCAUCAAGUUUGAUGCUAGCAAGGACACAUACAGGAUCGAUAACAAGGUGCGUCUGUCAGCCAGCCAGAAGGAGCUGAUCUUAAAGCUGUCAGAUGUGGGUUGGCUGUACAACAAGGUGCAGAGUUUCUGCGAGUGGGGUGGCAGUGUUGCCGGCAGUGAGCGCACUGCUGGCAGGAGCACCGCCGGCCUGGUCAACCAGUCACUGGUGCUGGCAUUGAGGGAGGAACUCACCGAGUACUGUCGUCUGAUAGCACUGCUGGAGGCUCAGAUACAAGAGGGCGGUGACACGCCGCUAUGCGAGGCGUCAAGUGGUCUAACACUGCGGCGACUGGUCAUGUGGACACUGGAGCCCCGGGCACGCCUCCUAGCACUGGUUUACCUCACACAUGCCGCACGCCAGGUCUACGGCGGUGCUUGCGUCUCUGCUAUAUACCAGCACAUGCAGCACGGCAACCCGGGUCACCGUGCGGUGGUACGCCAUGUGUUGACACUAGCGUGUACACCAGUGUAUGUCAUGUUGACGCAGUGGUUGCUGGAUGGCACACUGGACGACCCGCACCAUGAGUUCUUCAUCGCUAGUGACCCAACCGUUCCCGACGACAAGCUCUGGCAGGAUAAAUAUUCUAUAAGGUGGUCAAUGUUGCCGUCGUUCAUCAACAAGUGCCAAGCAGAGAAAGUACUAGCGUCUGGCAAGUCCCUCAACUUCCUGCGCAAUGUAUGUCACUUCCGGGCACCGAUAGCCGGGCGCGACGCCAUCAAGACGGCAUUGCAGCAGACCACAGUAGAGUCGUUGUUCACCCCAGAGGAGAACACUCAGCUGGACGACCUGGUGGCGCUGACCUUCCGGGAGACCUCGUCACAUGUGCUAGAGGAGAUCCUAGCCAGACACAAGCUCCUGGACCACCUCAGAGCACUGCGACGAUACUUACUGCUAGGCCAGGGUGACUUUAUCAACUACCUUAUGCAAAUACUCAAUGUAGAGUUGUGCAAGCCGGCCAAAACCCGUACCCCCCAAUUGUUUUUUCGUAACUUGAGGUACCACCGUAUUAGUAUUACACUGUUGUUGCAGGUGUUCACUGCAGAGUGCAUGCAACAGUACCUAAUGUUGUUCAACGCUCUCUGGAAGGACAAGAGGAUGGAGAUGAUACUCUCUGACAUCUGGAGGGAACAAGCAGCCACCUCCAAGCUCUGUAGAGAGCUUCCAGAGCUUGGAGUGGUGUUACACGGUGUACAGUUACUGACCACAGAGAUGGUACAUCUUGUACACCAGAUGGAGUACUACAUGACCUUUGAGGUUCUGGAGUGUUCCUGGCACGGUCUUAUGACCACACUAAAGACCGCUCACAGUCUUGACCAGGUCAUUGAUGCUCACAAGCACUUCCUAGACCGUAUCAUUGCUGGAGCACUGCUAGAUGACCAGUCUAAGGUGAGCAUUGCUGGACGACCAUUCUUAGGUGAGUACUGCUUUACGACCAGUUUAAGGUGAGUACUGCUGUACGAC